UGGAAGUUCAAGUCGAACGAAAGAAAAGGAAAGUGAAAAAAGUGUUGAGUGCAAUAUUGGAAGAAUUCAGAAAAAAUUAAAACCAUGCAGCUUUCAAACAGUGCCCGGUGGAUGGUUCUUGCGGUGGCGGUGUCGUUCCUGAUGAUGGCCACCACCAUCAGUGUCAGUGAAGCUAAGCCAAUCGAUAUGUGGGAUCAGUUCACGAAAGACGGUGGCAAGAUGUUCUACAAAAUGUUGGAAUAUCUAAGUGAUUAUGAUGAGUUUGACGAAGAACAUUCGUACCAAAAGCGCGAAGGAUCGGCUCCUCUGCUGCAAACCAGUAACCGAGUGGAAAGUGGAGUUAAGGACGAUAAAUGUAAGCUGCCAGUGCGAAAGGGAGUUUGCCGAGCGCUGCUGCCGAGAUGGAGAUACGAUCCCGAAUCGAAGACCUGCCACGAGUUCACCUUCGGUGGCUGCGAUGGCAAUGCCAACAACUUCCUCACGUACGAAAAGUGCAUGGAUACGUGCAACGGAGUGUGAUCAUCGUCUUUGUCGCAAAUCGCACCACCAACAAUUUCACAAACCAUCUGGUACAAAUCCGGCGAAUGAAGGAGUGGAUCGCAGAGCUGC